AAUCAGGUCACACAGGAAUGACUUGGCAAAGAGAGAAACAGGAUUUGAGUAAACACGCACCUCAGCACCACCCAGUCAGAGGAGUCCACCAUGAACCUAGAGGCGCAGAUCGAGGAGAUCGUGUCCACAGCCAAAUUCGGGGACCUGAUCGAGUUCUCGUACCCUAUUGGCUACUCUCACUGGGGCGUGUACCACGGAGACGGUCAUGUGAUCCACUUUGCAGUCGCAGAGGAGAGCACCAUCAUGGGAAACCUUCGCAUGUCUCUCCAAAACCUGUUUCCCAUCUGCGGCGACCUCCUGCUGGGAGCCACAAAGAUACGUUGUGUGCCGCUCGGUGAGGUCAACGUGCCCGCUGGCACUCACAUCCUGAUCUGCAACAACCGGCACGCCUUCACGCCGUCCUCCACCGAAGACAUAAGGCGGCGCAGCGACGCCCUGGUAAACGAAGAGCUCACCUACGAUCUCUUUGCCCUCAACUGCGAACACUUUGCCACGUUUGUUCGCUUUGGGAAGUCUGUGUGCAACCAGAUACCUACCAAGCCCAAAAACGUGGAGAAUGAGGCCGCAACAGCCAAAUUUCAGGACAUUGUGGAUUCCAAAGGAAACUAAUGAAGACUGCUUCUAGAGACACACACACACACACACUGUCCAGGAGAUGUCGUUCAUCGGAUGUCUUCAUCAUCAUUGACUUGCAUUAUUAUGUACUAUACUCUGCUAACAGCUGUUCCUAAUAUUAUGAAUCUACCUGACAGUGUCAAUCCAAACUUGUCGUUAUUGCUGGUUAUGCUUUCAUCAACAUUUUUUUGCUAGCUAGCAAGUAAGAAGAUACAAAAAAAUAAAAUAAAAAUAAAAAAAAUACACAGAGCAACAUUUGGGUGCAGAUCUGCAUAAAAGCACAAGUUGAUGAAUUCCUAUUUGAGUCGUGCAAUAAGAGUCAAGUGUUGCAGUGACACAUUAGAUCCAGCAGGUGGAGCUGUGGGGGAAAAAGAUUGUUGCCCCACUUUGCUAUGAACGUCACUGCCUCCUGCAGGACUAGAGUGGAAUGUAUUUUUUCAACUCAAAAGGAGUCAGCAACAUAUGAGGACUUUACGCCUAAGACUCUCUGCGGUUGAGUAAAUAAACGCUGGACACAGCGUGAGUGUAUCUAAUGAGAAAACAAGUCAGUCGUCACUACAUAACUUUUAUUGAGAAUAGAAGCAGGUGUUUAGACAAAAACAAGACAAAGGGGUCACUUCCUGUCAACACAAUAAAAGCUUACGCGUGAACAACCA